UGUACCAAUUCAAAAAAAUCCUCAUUUUAUUUUAUAUAUAUAUAAAAUAUAUAUCUCUCUCCAAGUUCUAUAAUGGAUGCUUGUUUUGUGAUUCUUAGAAUCUUACAAAUAGUGCUGGCAAUAUCUAUACAUAUAUGUCAUAUAUUUUUGUGUGCAUAUGGAAGUAUAUACAAAGGAAAGAAAACAAUCCAACUUUACUGUUUCUCUCCCCUCUCUGUGGCUGUGAGUGCUCUUGAGACAAGAACUAGAAGAUCCACACAAAGAUGGUGUGCUGAUGUUGGCCUAGAGUUAAGGUGAAAAGAAGGGAAUAACCUUUUAUUCAGCUCCACAGUGUACCAGGCAUCAAUCUGGGCACUUUAAGUUGUCUUAUUGAAUCUGCAUAAGUUGUGGGGAAUCGGUAUUAUCGUCCCAUUGUAUGGAUAAGGAAACAGGCUCUGAGAGGUUAAAUAAUUUGUCAAAGGACACAGGACUGGAGCCCAGGUCUGUCUGGGCUGGUUCUCUUUUCACUACAUUACCACAAGUGAUGGUAGGAACAGGUUGAAACUGGGAGAUGAGGCUGGAGAAACCUUGGGCAGCACACAUCAGAAACUAGACUGACACAUCUGUUUAUUGUAGUUGUAUUUUUCCUGCUUUCCAGAAAUGUCACAUGCUGUUAAUGGGUUUGAUCGCCUGAGAGAUGUAAAUGCAAACUGUGGUGAAAUGAGUGGCUUUAAAGCAGAUUCUGUAUUCAUUCACAUUAAAACAGAGGUGAUCUGUAAACCUUGUUUUUUUCCCCACCAUGAUGACUCUCUUUUAACUAGGCUGAGACCCACAGACCUCCAAAGUGCAUCUCCAGUGGCAGAAUCUCAGCAAAGUUGAACUGGAAGGACCAUUCCUCCAAAAAUAUGCAUCACACAUGUGAGAGGAUUUUUUUAUAAUAGUAACUCUGAGGUCUGGGGCUGACAAGAUGGGUUUAGAAAAUCUUUUGCCUCCUCAACAGUUCUGGCUCAUUUUCAGUGGGCUUUCUCUGCUCUCUUUGACAGAGAUGUAUGGGUUCAGUAAAUGCAUACAGUAUGAAAUGGACAUUCACCAUAUGUUCUGCAUUCGGAAGAAGAUCAUUAACUUAACAGACGCCAUUCGUGACAUCCCUGGAUACACUACCCACCUCAACCUGACACAGAUCCAAAUUCAGGUCCUUCCUCCAUAUGGCUUCACUAAUUUGUCUGCUCUGGUGGACUUGCGAUUGGAGCGGAAUUCCAUUUGGAAGAUUGAUGAGAGGGCCUUUUGGGGACUUGAAAACAUGACCCUUUUGAAUUUAGUAGAAAAUAAGAUUCAAAGUGUGAACAACUCAUUUGAAGGCCUGUCCAACUUGGAAACUUUGCUCCUGAGUCAUAAUCAAAUUACCCCUAUUCACAAAAAUGCCUUUGACCCUCUUGUCAAAUUGAAAUAUUUAAACUUAUCUCGAAACUUUAUUACUGAUUUUUCUAAUAUUCUGGAAGCAAUCCAACAUCUUCUGCACCUGGAAUGUCUUGAUCUUACUAACAACAGCAUCAUGUCCUUGGAUCACAGCCCCAGGUCAUUGGUCUCCCUGACCCAGAUGAGCCUGCAAGGGAACAAGCUAAUGGAAUUAAAUUUCUCUGCUUUGUCACUACCUAAUCUGACCACUCUGGAUGUCUCUCAUAUUAGCUUCGGAGUCAUACAGAAUGUGGAUCUGGAAACUAUGCCCCAACUGAGAAGCUUGAAUCUGAGUGGAACAUUGGUGAAACUGGAGAUGCUCUCAGCCAACCACCUACAGAAUCUAAGGGAAAUAGACCUUAUUACAGAAGUUUGACGUAGUCACUUAAACCUCAACACACUAUGUCGUCUCCUCCAAAAUUUACCCAUACUAGAGGCUUUGGUUUUUUGGAAAAAUGCCAUUGAUGCCAGGGGCAUACAGCACCUUGCCAACUGUACCAGGCUUUUGUCCCUUGACCUGAGCCAUAACUAUGAUCUGGUUCACCUCAAUGACAGUGAAUUUGAUGCUAUGCCCAGCCUCCAAAGGCUGAAUCUAAACAAGUGUCAACUUUCCUUUGUCAUUAACAGGACCUGGAGUACCCUCCAGAACUUGAGAGCCCUAGAUCUGAGCCACAAUAAGUUUAAAAGCUUUCCAGAUUUUGCAUUUUCACCCCUGAGGUAUCUACAAUCUCUCUUUCUCUCUAGAAAUCCCAUUACAGAACUCAAUAGGAUGGCCUUCUAUGGGCUGUAUUCAUUGAAGAAAUUCAACUUGGCUGGGUGCUGGAUAGUAAAAAUUGACAGAUACUUCUUUGCUCAAUUUCCAAAUUUAGAGAGUUUAGACCUUGGGUACAACAAUAUUUGGACUCUGAAUUGCAGAACCUUUGAGGGUCUGAAGAAACUCCAAGUUCUCACUCUCUCCCAGAACUGCUUGAAAAACAUAGCAAAAAAUGCAUUUUCUAGCCUCAGUUGCCUCUAUAAACUUGACUUGACAUACAAUGUCUUGUCAAAUUUUCAGGCAAGCCUUUUCUUGGGCCUGGAAAAUCUAGAAAUUUUGCAUCUCAGUUUUAAUAAAAUUACAUAUGAAACUACUAGGACCUUGCAAUCUCCUCCAUUUAUGAACCUCAAGUCUUUGAAACAACUCAACCUAGAAGGACAAAUACAUGGGAUUCAGGUUGUUCCAACCAACUUCUUCCAAGGGCUGAAUGGCCUGCAGGAGCUACUCCUAGGGAAAAAUCCCAUGGUAUUCGUAGACUACCGUCAAUUUGACUCCCUGAUUAAUCUCACAAAGUUGGAUAUCUCAGAAACAAAAUCUGGAGACCGAAGCCUCAGUUUAAGUAUUUACUUAUUCCAAAACCUCAAAAGACUAAAAGUGUUGCGCCUGGAAAACAACAACUUAGAGUCCCUGACUCCUGGCAUGUUCUCUGGCUUAGAAAGCCUUCAGGUCCUCUCUUUAAGAUUCAACAACCUAAGAGUAAUUAAUCAAAGUCAUCUGGAGAAUCUGAAGUCUCUGAAGUACUUUGAUCUUUAUGGAAACAAACUUCAGUGCAGCUGUGACAAUGAAUGUUUCAAGAAUUGGUCCAUAAACACAGCAAAGGUCUAUAUCCCCUACCUCUGUAGCUACCUCUGUCAGCAGGGAAAUAUCCAGAGUUUACUGAUAGAUUUCAAUGAUUCUACGUGUAAUUUUGACCUGGGAAAGGUUUACUUCUUCUGUUCCUUCAGUCUGGUCCUCACAACCAUGGUCUCCUCUUGGUUUAUCGCCAAGAUGACUUCAUUGCUAUGGUAUAGGCUGUACAUAUUUUGAGCCUGGUAUCAGGCCAAGUGGCAUAGGACAGAGAAGGAGUUCAUCUAUGAUGCCUUUGUCUCUUUCACUGCCACUGAUGAGCAGUGGGUAUAUGAAGAGCUUGUUCCAGCCCCGGAAGAAAGAGGUCAGCCUACCUUCUAGCUCUGUCUUCACCACCGGGAUUUUGAACCAGGCAUGGACAUUUUUGAGAACAUCCAGAAUGCCAUCAACACAAGCUGGAAAACAUUGUGUAUGGUCAGUAACCACUACCUGCACAGUGAAUGGUGCCAGCUUGAAGUACAGCUAGCCAGCAUCAAGAUAUUCUAUGAGCACGAGGAUGUCCUCAUCUUGAUCUUCCUGGAAGAGAUCCCAAACUAUAAGUUAUCCAGCUACCACCAACUCAGGAAACUUGUCAACAGGCAGACAUUUAUCACCUGGCCAGAGAAUGUCCAUGAGAGGCCACUCUUCUGGGCUCGUAUUAGAAAUGCAUUGGGCAACAAAUCUGUGGAGAAAGACAAUGCACAGCUAACUGUGGCUGAUUGACUGGAAGUCUUUGUGACAUCAAAUCCAGUGUUACCCAAGGUGUGGAAAGGCUAAGAGUGUGACUGAAUGUACCUGCUCUGCAGGCAAGAGGCUGCUCAUGACCAUUACAUGGUUAAUGUCCAUCAGGCAACUGGAAGGGUG